AGCUCCUCGUCGACGCCACUCCUCCCUCAACGACAUUCCAUAUCUAUAGCUGAGACCAGCUUUCCAAGUCAAUAUGCGGUCUCAGCUUCUUCGCGCCGCUGCGCGCUCCCGGAGGCCCUUGUCGUCCUCUGCAACACGAUCAUUUGCGUCCUCAGCAAGACGACCAGCCGAGGUCGAACUCACAAUAGAUGGAAAGAAAGUGUCAAUAGAAGCUGGGUCAGCUUUGAUCCAAGCUUGUGAGAAGGCUGGUGUCACGAUCCCCAGAUUCUGCUAUCAUGAAAAACUCCUCAUCGCCGGUAACUGUCGUAUGUGCCUUGUCGAAGUCGAACGUGUUCCUAAACCGGUGGCAUCCUGCGCAUGGCCCGUCCAGCCUGGUAUGGUUGUCAAAACAAAUUCACCCAUGACACACAAAGCAAGAGAAGGUAUAAUGGAAUUCCUCCUCGCCAACCAUCCACUAGAUUGUCCCAUCUGCGACCAAGGUGGCCAGUGUGAUUUACAAGAUCAGUCCAUGAGAUAUGGUGCAGACCGAGGCCGUUUCCACGAAAUUACUGGCAAGCGUGCGGUGGAGGAUAAAAAUAUUGGACCUUUGAUCAAGACUUCGAUGAACAGAUGCAUCCACUGCACGAGAUGUGUCCGAUUCGCCAAUGAAAUUGCUGGAGCGCCAGAAUUGGGAUCUACAGGAAGAGGCAACGGCUUAGAAAUCGGUACAUACCUCGAAAGAAAUCUGGAUACAGAGUUGUCAGGUAACGUGGCGGAUCUUUGCCCCGUUGGUGCCCUGCUACCCAAGCCUGGCGCUUUUAGCUUCAGACCGUGGGAGCUCACCAAAUUCGAGUCCAUUGACGUUCUGAAUGCCAUGGGUUCGAACAUCAGAGUGGAUGCAAGAGGUCUAGAGGUCAAGAGAAUCCUACCCAGAUUGAACGACGACAUCAACGAAGAAUGGAUUGAUGAUAAGCAGCGAUUCGCAUUGGAUGGGUUGAAGACGCAAAGAUUAACAACACCACUCAUCAGAAAAGACGGCCAGUUCCAGCCAGCCACAUGGGAACAAGCUUUGACCGAAAUCGGCAAUGCUUACCUCAAGCUCAAACCUGCGGAGAACGAAUUCAAGGCAAUCGCCGGACAUCUCAUGGAGGUCGAAUCGCUGGUUGCUAUGAAGGAUCUUGCCAACAGACUGAACUCAGAAAACCUCGCUCUUGAUCAACCUCGUGGUAACGAACCAGUCGCACACGGAGUCGAUGUUCGAGCCAAUUACCUCUUCAACUCUAAGAUCUUUGGUGUCGAAGACGCAGACUGCAUGCUUAUCAUCGGCAGCAACCCAAGAUGGGAGGCAGCUGUGUUGAACGCCAGAAUUCGAAAGCAAUGGAUGCGCUCACCGAUUGAUAUCGGCUUUAUUGGCGAAGACUUCAAGAGUACCUUCCAGUACAACAACCUCGGCCAGGACGCAGCUGCUGUGAAGAAGGCUUUUUCAGGAGAUUUUGGCAAGAAGUUGGCUUCUGCUAAGAAGCCCAUGAUCAUUCUUGGUAGCGCCGUUGCGGAACAUGCCGAUGCUGCUUCCAUCUUCGAGACCGUGGGAGCUUUUGUCGAGAAGCACCAAGCCAACUUCAACACUCCUGAGUGGCAAGGCUACAACGUCCUCCAGCGUGCAGCUUCCAGAGCCGGUGCAUACGAAGUUGGCUUCGUCACGCCGUCAAAGAAGGUUGCCGAGACUAAAGCGAAGAUGGUUUGGCUGCUGGGUGCGGAUGAGAUCUCCCAGGCAGACAUUCCCAAGGAUGCCUUUGUUGUGUAUCAAGGUCACCACGGCGAGACUGGCGCUCAGCUCGCUGAUGUCAUUCUACCCGCAGCAGCAUAUACCGAGAAGUCCGGCACCUAUGUCAACACAGAAGGACGAGUACAAAUUACUCGCACCGCUGUUUCAUUGCCUGGUGCCGCAAGAACUGACUGGAAGAUCAUUCGUGCCGCCUCAGAAUUUUUAGGAGUACCCUUACCUUAUGAUGACCUAGAAGUAUUGAGAGACCGCAUGGAGGAGGUCAGCCCAACCCUCCGGCGAUAUGAUCACGUUGAGGAGAGUGCUCUUUCAAGUCUGAGCAAGGUUCAGCUUGUGGAUGCACACAAAGGAGCCAAGGCAACCAAUGAGCCAUUGAAGAACCCCAUCAAGGACUUCUACCAGACUGAUGUUAUUUCAAGAAGCUCGCCUACCAUGGCCCGCUGCUCUGCGGCCAAGGAAAGUGGCGACCCUCACACAAACUAUCUUGCACCAGGCGAGCCAGAUGCGAGAGUCUCCUACGGCUAGGUGUAAGUGGUACAGCUACAACGAGGAUGUGGAAGCAUGUGGCCUGACAACAGCCAGCCGAGUUUCAGAAUGGCUGGACAAAACGGAAGGCCACAAAGAGCGACGGAAGAGAAAGAGGUGCCUUCUCUCUGGUUCAAAUGGUAAACGUGAGCUUUAUAGAAUAGCUCGACCUGCCUUGUGUAUAGCGAUUUGGGAAAGAUUCGAGGCGUCAAAGAUGUCAUUAGGAGUGCCAUGGCGGCAAUGAUUCGCCUUGGUCAACAUAAAAAACUAAAAAUGUACAGUCAACCAAUAUUGCCAACAAAUAUUUGAGACGAUGCCUAGAUGUUGGAACCGCCCUCUCGUUGCAAGAUUCUUCAAUUGUGUUUACAAUUUCAGUUUCAUCGAGAAUUUUAAAC